UUUUAUUUUGUGUAGUUUUGUUGUUGUUUUGUUUAUUAUGCAUUUCUUUUUUAUUGUUUGAGUUCGCGAGCUGUGCGUCGCGUCGGCAUUUAAACAAAAUCCGCGGCAUUUCGGUAGUUGCGAUUAAUAAUUACUUGGCGGGAAUUGCAGUCAAAUAAGAAAUUGGCGAGUAAAAACCAACAAAUGUGCAAUGUGCGUCAAGUCAAUAGCAAUACAAACGAACAAUUAUUGCUAACGUGAUCGGGCCAAGGCACAAAAACAUUCCAUGCAUCAUCAGCAGCGCCUGCGGGCAAAUGGCGGACGAGGAGGCACUGGAUUGGCCGCGGGAUCUGGACCGGUGUCCGGAGGACACUCACCAUUGUGCGCCCAUUGUCGGGGUCAACUACUGCCACAUCCAGAGGAGCCCAUCGUGAUGGCUCUCGGCCAGCAAUGGCACUGCGAUUGCUUUCGCUGCUCCGUUUGCGAGGGCCAUCUGCACAACUGGUACUUCGAGCGGGAGGGCUUACUGUACUGCCGGGAGGAUUACUACGGCCGGUUCGGCGAUGCCUGUCAGCAGUGUAUGGCCGUUAUCACCGGACCCGUCAUGGUCGCCGGCGAGCACAAAUUCCAUCCGGAGUGCUUCUGCUGCACGGCAUGCGGCUCCUUCAUCGGCGAGGGCGAAUCGUACGCCCUUGUCGAACGUUCGAAGCUCUACUGUGGCCAGUGCUAUGGCAAACGUUCCUGCCAGCCGGCGGAUGACAAGGCGCGGAUCACGACGGCCGGCAAGCCGAUGCACUCCAUCCGGCUGGUCGAGAUACCCAAGGACGCCACGCCCGGCCUGAGGGUCGACGGAGUGGCCCUCGACGAUGGCUGUCCCACGGUUCGCAUUACAGACUUGUUCUGUAACUUCUUCUUGUGGCUAACCUCGAUGGCGGAACAGUGCUGUGGGGCGCCCUAUAGAAUUGAUGUGAAUCUUACGAAUCUGCAUAUUGGAGAUAGGAUAUUGGAGGUGAACGGCACACCUGUUAGUGAUUCGUCCGUGGAGCAGAUCGACAAAUUGAUACGGAGUAAUGAGAAGAUGCUUCAGCUGACCGUGGAGCAUGAUCCGGUGCAGGUGUGCCGCUCCUGCAGCCAAGCGGACAUCCAGCGGGCCAUGUCGGCGUCCACGUUAAUCCUGCCGCUCAGCACAUCGGCCUCCAGUGUCGAGGUGGGCAGGGAGCGACUGUACAAGACACCCGGCGAACAGGGCACCAAGGCCAGGAAACUGCGACAAGCCACCAACGCCUCUACGACAAUACCACCGGCAGCUGGAGCCACCGCAAUGACGCAACUAAAGGAGAAGGAGCGCUGUUCCAGUCUGUCCAAGUUGCUGGAUGAACAGCAUCAGGCACAACAGCACUCGGCGCAUCCCCAGCUCUAUGAUCUGUCCAGGACGCAAUCCUGCCGUGUCGUCCAAAAGCCACAACGAAUCUUUCGUGCUUCUGAUCUGGUUAUAGGAGAGAAGCUAGGCGAGGGCUUCUUUGGCAAGGUUUUCAAGGUGACCCACCGUCAGAGUGGCGAGGUGAUGGUCCUCAAAGAACUGCAUCGCGCGGAUGAGGAGGCCCAGAGGAAUUUCAUCAAGGAAGUGGCCGUUCUCCGCUUGCUGGACCAUCGGCAUGUGCUCAAGUUCAUUGGUGUUCUGUACAAGGAUAAGAAACUGCACAUGGUCACGGAGUACGUGGCCGGUGGUUGUCUUAAGGAACUGAUCCACGAUCCAGCCCACGUACUACCUUGGCCCCAGCGCGUCUGCUUGGCCAGGGAUAUUGCGUGCGGCAUGAGCUAUCUGCACUCGAUGAACAUCAUCCAUCGCGAUUUGAAUUCAAUGAAUUGCCUGGUGCGUGAGGAUCGCUCGGUCAUAGUGGCGGAUUUUGGGCUAGCUCGCAGUGUGGAUGCGCCGCGACUGCCAAGUGGCAAUAUGACGCCCGGCGGCUAUGUAUCAGGCGCUAACAGCGAUGCGCCCAUGUCACCGAGUGGAACACUCAGGCGCAGCAAGAGCAGGCAGCGAAGGCAACGUUACACGGUAGUCGGGAAUCCCUACUGGAUGGCACCCGAGAUGAUGAAGGGUCUCAAAUACGACGAGAAGGUGGACGUCUUCUCCUUUGGCAUUAUGUUGUGUGAGAUCAUUGGACGCGUGGAAGCCGAUCCGGAUUUUAUGCCCCGCAAUUCGGACUUCAGUCUCAAUCAGCAGGAGUUUCGCGAGAAAUUCUGCGCUCAGUGCCCGGAGCCCUUCGUUAAAGUAGCCUUCGUGUGCUGUGAUCUUAAUCCCGAUCUGCGUCCGUGUUUCGAAACUCUGCACGUUUGGCUGCUGCGUCUCGCCGAUGAUCUGGCCGCCGAUCGUGUGCCACCUCAGCGCCUUCUCCACGAGAUUGAGACCUUUCAUGAAUUGUACGCCAGCUCUGAGGACGCCUUGUCACCCACCUCCCAGCGCAGCUUAAAUAACCUCUAUGAGUUGGUCAAGAGUGCGGUGGAUUCGAAAAUUUCGCCCGUAGAAAAGGAGAACCUUGUGAUUAAGCCCCAGGACAUACCGAAAUCUCCGCAUCUCGGCAAGGAUUUCUCGCCCAGCGGCGAGAGACUGCGGGAUAGUAUGCGAGCCAGGCGUCGCCAGCGUUUCUUGGGCGCCCAGGAGGAGCGUCGUAAUCUCACGCCCGACACGGAGUCCAAGGAAAGGGCUUUGAAAAAGGCGCUGAAGAAAUGUCGCCCGUUUGGCGAAAGAGGUUACCUGGUGGAUCUGCGUGCCGGUGCCGAAUUGCAGCUAGAGGAUGUAAGGGAUCUGAACACCUAUUCCGAUGUGGACUCCAGCUGUGAUACUAGCUUAAAUUACCAUGAUGUAAAUAAUUUGCCAGCAGCGCAAGAGGAUGAGAAUGCGGGGAAACCGGGCAAGGCGGAACUGCUGGAUGAGAGCACAAAUAAACCCAACAACCAGGAGUCCCAGCACCAUCGCCUGGCCAUCGAUGAUAUGCGCACCCGCCUGAAUCAGUGCCGCAGCAAAUUCGAGCAUUUAGAGGAGGCUAGUCGGCGGAACUUCAACCAGUCGCAGCACUCCAUGAAGAACUUCUUCAAAACCCCACCGGUGGCCCUUAAGAUGUUUCAGCGCCUGGAGCACGAGGCUGCAGCCCUGAAUGGUGGCAACAAUUGCCCACCGCCACCACCCCGUACGCAGCGCAUCAAUCAGACGCCCAUUUUCGGUCGAAAAAAUCCGCCAGUGGCAAUCGUGGGGCAAAAGUUACAGCAUGCUGAGUCUCUAGAGGAUCUGGCCUCCAGCGGAGUUGCCAAGCAGCUGGCCACACCAGCACCCAAACGUAGCAAAGCCACAGCAACGACCAAAGGCGCCCAGAUCAGCAAUAGCAGCAUUGCCAAUCCGCCACUUUUCCUGCCGCCCAGCAUCAACAUUAGUGUCACAUUAAAUAGCAAUGGAAAUGUGACCACCACGACCAAUACCACUAGUAGUUGUCCACCAUCCGCAUCAGACUGGCUGCCGAAGAAGCACAAGCUAACGCUGCCACUUUCGUCUGUCCAACAGCAGCGAACGAGCAGCAAUCUUCGCCAGCCAUUGGGCAAUAGCAAAGGGAAGACACUGAAGCCACUGCCCAGUCGCACGGGCACUCAAGGCAUCCCCCCAAGCAAUUGUGUCUCGCCGACGAGGAGCAGCAGACCCGGAUCACCCAGCAAGCAUCUGGCCCAGAGGCACACCGCCGCCACGGCCCAGCGACUGACAAAUGUGGCCGCCACCCACCAGCAGCAGCAUCAACAGCAAUCCUCGAAGACGACGCGUCUGAAUAUCCUGAGUCCGGAAAAGGUGCAUCGCCUGGGAGCCCGACUCACCGAUCAGAAGCAGAAAAUGCGCGAGGAGGCCGCAGCGACGGCCUCGUCCGUCGGAGGAGCCGUAUGUGCGGCAGGAACAGCGGCGGGAAGCUUAAAUGGUCAUCGGACCAUCGGAUCCUCCGGCACUCCAAAUUCGGCGGUCGGUGAACGGAGGAGGCGAGCAGCUCCACCGCCGCCAGUUCGCACGCAUUUCAAUACGCGAUGCUAGCUGGACGAAGUAGCCAUACUCUCUAUUAACGAUUGUCAAGUGUUGUGCGCAGUUUGUUGUGGUUCCACUCAGGAAGCUGUUGUAAGAAGCUCAAUGUUCUACGAACAAACUGACGUAAUUAGUGUAAAUCUUUGAACGAUAUAACUGUUGUAACUCGUAUAAACAUUCGCCAUUUGUAACGUAUGGAAUUCAAUUUCCAUGACAUGUAGAGGCACUUUUUUUUUAAAUACAUAAUGCCUUUUAAUAUGUAUAUAACUUUAAGAACCAGUGAACUGUGCCGCUGUUAUAAACGCAACUGUUAUACGCACAUAACAAAAUCCACAUUCCGACGAAAGUGUUUAUUUUUUUGAUUCCAACAUUAUAUUUUAAGUUUCAACUAAACGAAGGUUAAGUGCCUGUUAGGAAUGAGAAACCAAUAAGUUGCAAUAUUUACACAGAUUGUAUAAACCAAGCGAAUAAUUAUAGUAUGUAAGAUUACAGGGUAACAACUGUCUCGACUAACCUAAAAAACUGAACUAGAAGCAAAGCUAAGCAAAUACUUGUUUAACCCACUAUUGUCUGACAUAAAGUUAUAUGGCGAAAGAGAUAGCGAAGUACGGAUAAAGAGAGAAGGAAGAAACUUGUGCCAUGAUGUUGAGCGAAAAACGAACGAAUCUAAAGAAGAAUCCUCGAGAGAGGGAGAUCCCACCCGCGAAAAAAAAGACAAAAGAAACGAAAAGAACUUUAACUAGAAAAAUUGUGGUUUAAAUAUUUUUUGAUAAACAGCGUAUAUAAAUGUAUUUGUAUAUCUAUUCCAUAAUUAUAUAGAUAAACGUAUUCCAUGUUAGUGCUUAAAUCUAAUUUAUUUAUCGAUUCUCGACCCAUCCACCCCGUUCCCUCAUUCCAAGAACAAUAAUUAACAAUGCUAAGAAACAAACUUUUUUGUAUUGACGAGGAUAAGUCUAACUCCUAUACCUAAAUAUAUAAGAAUGUUUUUGCUCAAAGGCAAUUUUAGUUGUAAUUGAUAUAAACACACGCUAACUGUUAUACAAAUGAAACGCACACGCUCAAGCCUAAUACUGUUAUACUGUGUACUUUAUAUAGCCAUUAUAUACCUAAACCUAUAUAUAGGAUCGAAACGCUUGCAAUUAACUGCUUCUAUAAGACAUUUGAGUCGGGCCCUUGUUAUACGGACGUAUGCCAGUAGAACAGUGGCCGCGCCGAACCGAUCUAGCAUUUAACUAUCUAUAUACAACAAAUAUGUGCGAUAUUUUUUAUAUGCAGCUAAUGUAAUGUGUUGUAUUUUGACCCCACUCCACCUUGUAACUACGUUUAUACGCCGGCUAUUAGAAUUGAGAAUUUUCGAGGACCUACCUCAAAUCUUUAUGCCUUUUAACAGUUGAACAGAUAUAAUCAGUAUAGCAACAUUAUCUACCCACUUGUAAAUAAGUUUAUAAAUAAUACAGUUUUUGUUGCCUACUUAUUCGGACGUCGAGAGGUCUGUAAUUACAAAUAAAGCUUGUGUAUAAACGUA